CGUAUAGUUUAGAUAAGCCCUAGAUGGGUUAGCGGUCUAAUGUGGUAAGGUAAUUUCUGCAUUUCUGUAACAUUAUCAUUUUGUAUAAAAUGAUCCUUUCUUUUUUUCCUCCUGUAGGUAACUUCCAGGGAAACACUUGGCCUGAUAUGGCUUUAAUUAACUUACAAAGUUUCCAGUUUUAUUCUUCUAGUGUACGCACAUGCAGAUCACUGAGAAAAACCUUGAAUCACCUUUGUAAGCAAGGAAGACAGCUACGGUCAUGGUGCUAUGGUUCCUCAGUCUUUGGCACUGUACUUUCAAGAUUUAGGCUUCAAUAUGUAUUUAGUAGAAACUACCAUGCAGAACUCUGGAACCAGCCUAACUCCAUUAUUGGAUCCGUGCAUCUUCACGGAGAUGCUGGGAGCAGUUCUAAAUCUUGUGGCAAAUGGAGAGACGAACAAAAAUUUUUCAUGGAGCUGAACAGCUGCAAUUCAGCCAAAGAGAUUUUUACAUUUCUGAGUUCUUUGGAAGUUAUGUCUGACACAAUGGCAGCAGCAGCUUUGCAAAGGAUCUGUGAAGUUGAAGUGGAUGACAGUGGAUUGAAAAAUCCUGAAGAGGUAAUGGAGAAUGAAGUCUUCAGGACAUUAUGCUUUCAGUUUGAACAUGAAUCACAAAAGCUGUCAGACACUGGUCUCCUGAUGGCAUUGCAGGCUUUGAUAAAGUUGCGUGUAGAUCCCUGGAGUACUCUGAUUGUACGUUUGGUAUCAGAGAGUCAGGAACGGCUUGAUAAAGAACAAUUGACCAUUAAAAACCUGCGUAUUCUUGGAGAAAGCUUGCUUGAUUUGGAAGGCCCAGGUUGUGCAAUGCUGGAACAAAUUGUGACCCAAUUAAGAGGAAAAAAGCUUGAAGAAUGGACUGCUGAGGAAAUGGCAAUGGUUUAUGGAAUGCUGCAGAUGAGUAUUACAGAAAAACGGCAAUACCAAGACUUGUUAAACCAUAUGAACAACAUCACUUUAACCUUUGCUCCCCAACUUAAUCCUAAAUUGAUAAGUAGAAUACUGAAUGCUCUGGUUGUUCUUGACCAAACUCAGGCAGUCCCUUUAGUAAUAAGACUGUGUAAGUAUUCAGUGAGGCAUGUCCCUCAAUUCACAGAUGAGGAGCUAGUAAAUGUGCUGGGAGCUUUUAUACAUUUUGGACACCGUGAUCAAUUCUUCACAGAAGCACUGGAAAGGCAUGUUCCCAAAUCCUCCUUCACCAUGCACCCUGAAGUAGUCAGCAAAGUCAUGCUAUACUGCUGCAGAAAACUGCUCUGUUCUAAACCCAUCUUUGAUGCAGUGGCAGAAAGCUUUGUUUAUAAUGCUGACAAAUACACAACUGGACAGAUUGCUGAGACUAUUGUUCCGUUUGGGACACUCAAUUACCUACCACCAACUACUUCCCCUCUCUUCAGAAAACUUGAAAGAAUACUAAAUGCUCGCUUUACUCAGUUUCGGCCUCACAUCCUACUGAAUCUGCUACAUUCAUGCACCCUUAUUGAGCGCUAUCCAGUCAAUUUUCUGGCAAAAAUAUUUAACUCCUAUUUUCUUCAACAACUGCAAGCUCAAACACCAGGUUUGGACAAGUUUGUCCUCUCCCAGCUGACCCAGCUCUUUUUAACAGUUACCUUGGAGUGCCCCUUCUAUGAGGGUCCUAAACUCCUUCCAAAAUAUCGAGUAAAGUCCUUUCUCAUACCAGGCCGUUCAGUGGAGUCCUCAGUGGAUGUUCACCUCUACAACAGGGUGAAGAAUGGACUAGUUGAUUUGCUAGGAACAAGAAUGUAUUUUGCUUCACAUGUGUUGACACCAUAUUGCUAUACGUUAGAUGUUGAGAUUAAAUUAGAUGAAGAAGGUUUUGUAUUACCUGCCACCCAAUAUGAGGAGGUGUACAGGAGAAUAGCCCUGUGUAUUGAUGGUCAGAAAAGAUUUUGCAGCAACAGCCACAGUCUUCUAGGCAAAGAAGCUAUUAAACAAAGACAUUUGCAGUUACUUGGCUAUGACGUUGUGCAGAUUCCGUUUUUUGAGAUUGAGGCUUUAAAAAACAGCAGAGAUAUAGUAGAAUAUCUGCACAAGAAAAUUUUUCCUCAUACCUACAGGCUCAACUGGUGAUAUAAUGCAACAAUAAUUAAGUACAGACUGGACUACAGUACCUGUAGGUACUGUGAAGUGUAAAUAUUUCACAUGGAAAAAACAUUCUACUUUCAAAGUAACUCCUCAUCAGAUGAUUAUGGCUUCUUAAUGUGAGGCCCUCCAGUUCCUGGAUGGAUACAUGAACAAAGAAUUAAAAAGGGCAAUAGAAUUUGUUUGAUUUUGUGUGAAUACUUAUUCCAGCUGAAUAAUAAUGGAAAAUGCUUGCAAACAGUUCAUGCUGAAUUUCCUGGGUAUUGCGCUCUGUCCUUUAGAGUUAACAGAGAUAUGCUUAUAAAUGGGCAAAUACAUGAGAAACUAGCUGUUAGAUGUCCAAGUUGUUACUAAUCAGAGUUUUUCUCAGUGGUACAAUAAAUUUAGUUGCACUGUUUCAAUGUAUGCCCUAUUUUACACUCUGCAACACUGGAAUUAUUAGAGUUUUCCACAAUAUGUAAAGCAGGAUAGAAUGUGCCUCUAAUGUGAAUCAAAAGGCUUAAUAAUUAUGAAACAAAUGUAAGUAUCCUAAAGAAAAGUGUGGUUUAUUACAGUAAUUUAAAUCUGUAUUUAUUUUCUUUAGUAAUGUGAUAAAGUAUGCAAGUUUGCUACUUACCAGGAUUUUUAAAUGUGAAAAAAAAUCAGUACAUUUCAUUCAUAUUUGCCCAUGCUCUUAUUUAUAUUUCUCACCGUUUUAGAUUUCUCAGUUGUAUUUUAUAAAACCCAAGAUGAUAUUGGUUUUAAUGUUCAGUGACCCCAAUAAAGAUCAAUUAUCCAUUGAUCAAACACUUUCAAAUACAUUAUUUUAUUAAGAAAAAUGUAUGACUGCCAUCAGUCCAGUACUUACUGUUCAUUAUAAAGCUGUUUUUCCCAAUAAAAUGAAGAAUUAUUCUUAAAGAUGAAAUUUGAAUUCCUAACUACCUGAUAUUGUCAAGUCAACACUAUUUCUCUAAUAGAGAACACUCCUUGCAAGCUAAUGGAGUCACACAGGUGGCACUGAGGGCACUGAGUUGUUGAGCAGUAUCUGUACAGCUGGAGAUGAUGUAUGAAAGAGACAUAGCUCAGCAUGAGGACAGACAAUAAUUUCAGUGGGGAAUCCCAGUGAUGUAUGGUUACUUGCGCAAAUAGUAAAGCCAGCAUACACAGUUAAGCAAGAUUGACCCUAAUUGCUAUAAAUGCCAGGUGACCUAAGU